AGGGAAAUAAUCUGGAAUUUCAAAUAAGAUGUCCAGGCGAAGUAGUCGUUUGCAAGCUAAACUGCAUCAGCCAUGCCAGGACACAUCUCCGGAAGAACUGCAGAUGCCAUUGUCACUUCAGAACAGAAAAAGGAAAUCAAUGCAGGACUCCAAGAUAGAUGAAGAAAAUGUGAGAUAUCAGUAUGAAAUUAAGAGCUGCUGGCCACCCACAAUAUCAGGCGGUGUAUCUCCUUGCAUAAUAAUAGAAACUCCACACAAAGAAAGUACAACCACAGACUUCUCCAGAUUCAAAAAAUAUAGGUUUAGGAAUCUCUUCAUAAAUCCAUCACCUUUACCGGAUCUUAGUUGGGGCAGUUCUAGAGAUGUCUGGUUCAACAUUCUCAAAAAAGAAAACAAAUAUUCUCACUGCAAGCAUUUCACAUCACUACACUCCAAUCUACAGCCACAUAUGAGAUCAGUCCUACUGGACUGGCUUCUAGAGGUAUGUGAAGUAUACACACUCCAUAGAGAAACAUUCUACUUGGCCCAAGACUUUUUUGAUAGAUUCAUGCUGACUCAGAAGGACAUAAAUAAAACCAUGCUUCAGCUUAUAGGAAUUACAACACUGUUUAUUGCUUCCAAGCUUGAGGAGAUAUAUGCUCCUAAACUACAGGAGUUUGCCUAUGUUACUGAUGGUGCUUGCAGUGAAGAUGACAUUAUAAGAAUGGAACUAAUCAUACUAAAGGCUCUUAAGUGGGAGUUGUGCCCGGUAACAGUAAUCUCCUGGCUGAAUCUUUAUCUUCAAGUGGAUGCUGUGAAAGAUAUUUCAAAGGUGCUGCUACCUCAGUAUUCUCAGGACAAAUUUAUUGAAAUAGCACAGCUUUUAGAUCUCUGUAUUCUAGACGUCAAUUGUCUGGAUUUUCAGUAUAGGAUAUUGGCAGCUGCUGCGCUUUGCUACCAUACCUCAGAACGAGUCGUAAAGAAGGCUUCAGGAUUGGAUUGGGCUAGUAUUGCAGAAUGUGUAGAGUGGAUGGAACCAUUUUUCAAAGUAGCAAAGAAAGUUCCAGUGAAAUUGAAGAAUUUUAAGAAGGUUGCAGUGGAAGAUAGACAUAACAUACAAACCCAUACAAACUAUUUGGACAUGUUGGAUGAAAUUAACUAUGAAGUAGCUGUACCCAGUCAGCUAUCACCAGUAUCUACAGGAGGAAUAAUAACCCCUCCAAAGAGCUCUGAAAAGUGAAAAUACUGUAUUGUGCAAAGACUGGGAUCUCUAUUAAGACUGAGUAUACAAACUGAGUAUACAAACUGAGCUUUUACACUUGAUGUGGCUGAGAAGACUAUCACGAUGCAACUGAAGGACAUUCACAUGCAGCUGGCCUGGAUCUUUAAGUUUGGAGCCCAAUGAGACCUAGAGAAAUUGGAUGUCUUCUGAUCAGUUAAAUUCAUAAUUAACUAUGGAUUUUUAACACUUAAAACUGUCUUAAGUGACUUUCAAUUUUUUAACAGGUGCAACUGAAUCGGUCAAGUUUAGCUAUGUGUGAGCAUAGUAGAACUGUUUUGCCAAUUGCCUUUCAGGGUGUGCUGGUUUUGGAUAGGAUGAAAGACUUCUGCCCUGUGGUGAGAGAACACUGAGUUAAGCAGUCUGAAACUAUGGACUCAACAAAGUGAGUCAGUUUUCAGUUUGCACAUCAGUGUAGCCACAAAGUAAAAACUUUUAUAUUAACCUUUUUAACUUAAGGUUACUAAGCCAACAUUCCUACUUUCAUACACUUAUCAGUGUAGCUAUGGAAUGAUACCGAAUUGCCUUAAUAUAAAGCAUGAGUAGGGAGUGAAAAGACUGAAAAACUUUACUUUUAGAGGUAAAGAAGCAGUUUAAGAAUUUUCCACUUAAACUGGAACAUCUUCAGUGAACAACUGUCAUUUUCUACCUCUUUCCUCAUGAAGUGCUACUAUAUUUUCUACAAACUAGCUAUCUACAAUGUGAGAGAAACAUAAAAGACUGGAUUGCAACAAGGAUAGCUUAAAUGCUAAGGAGAGCUAUACUCUGUGAAUAGUAGGUCAUUCUUCCUUACAACUUACAUCUAUUUUUUCACAUGCAAUACAGCAGCUAAUCAAUUCUGUAUACUUGUGCAAAAAUGAGGAAU